ACCCUUAAUCUCUGUGACUCUUGUCCAAUCAGACGCUUCUUGAGCAGAGAGGAGUGGCAUUAUGAAAUUAAUAAAAAGCUCUAAGGUUAGUCUUCCUUAAACUUUGUGACCAGACUCAUUUUUUAAAUUAUUCUCCCUCCAAGCUUAACGUCGUCACCAUGGUCGAGUGGACAGAUGCUGAGCGCAGUGCCAUCACAUCCCUCUGGGGAAAGAUCGAUGUUGGUGAGAUCGGACCCCAGGCUCUGAUCAGGCUUCUGAUUGUGUAUCCCUGGACUCAGAGACACUUCGGUGCCUUUGGAAACCUGUCCACCUAUUCUGCCAUUGUCGGAAACCCCAAAGUGGCCAACCAUGGAAAGACCGUGAUGGGUGGACUGGAGUCUGCUGUGAAGAACCUGGACAACAUCAAGAACACCUACGCCAAGCUGAGUGUGAUGCACUCUGAGAAGCUCCAUGUGGAUCCUGAUAACUUCAGGGUUCUUGCUGAAUGCAUCACUGUGUGCGUGGCCGCCAAGUUUGGCCCCAGCGUCUUCACCGCUGGAGUCCAGGAGGCCUGGCAGAAGUUCCUGGCUGUGGUGGUCUCUGCUCUGGGCAGGCAGUACCACUAGGUCUUAGAAUCAGAUACAGAGGUCAUUGUGAAGUUUCAAAAAUGCACUAUUUUCUGUCUUGAAGCUGUUGCAAAUAAAAAUAAAAAUAACAAAUA